UCCCUCUCUUUCCUCGUCCGCAUGCAUUUAAUGCAUUCCCACUCUUCAUCUCUCUCCUAUUCAUACUCCUGCGUCUUUUUAUAUAUUCAUUAUUCCACUUGCAAAUUAUUUGAUUUAUUCUGCAACAUACACAAGAUUAAAGGAUGUUAUUUCAUCAUCGUCUCCUUUUCCUUUCACUUGUUUCUGCCUUUUGCCUCACAAUUUUUGCUUCUGGAGCCCCUCCUUUGGAAAAGAGUGAAGUGGAAGCUUUAAAAGAUAUAGCAAAGUCACUAGGCAAAAAAGACUGGAAUUUCAAUGUAGAUCCAUGCAGUAAUGAAACGAGUUGGGUUGCAGAAACCCAAGAUAAUGGAUCUGAGAAAAAUGUCAGCUGCUAUUGCUCCUUCUCCAAUGACACUCUUUGCCAUGUAGUCUCCAUGAAAAGAUAUAAUGGAAAAGCUGCAGCAGCAGGAAGGAUUGUUCAUGCUGCCUUUCCCCCCUCAAUCCUUCUACAAAAGGGGAUAAGGAAAGCAAUGGAAUACAAAGCUAGGAAUUGGAAGAGGAAGACGUAUCAAGCACUAAAAAUGGAAAUGUACAAGGCCACAAUACAGGAGCUUGAAAAUGGAUGAGUUGGAUUUGCAAGGAUGUGAAUUUAUGCAGUAAAUUUAUCAGCAAAUCCUGUCAGCUCAUAGAUUUAUGCAGCACGUUAUAAUUCAGGUUAACAUUUCCAUCACAAAUGAUACAGAUCAAUUGGUACUUGUGCAGCAUCUUAUUGUAGUUAGACAUUAUUCAUUUCAGCGACUUUUGUACCGUGUGAGAAUGUUUAAAGGAAAGGAGAACCUUUUUGUCACAAA